AUGUAUCCAUUCUGCAAGGAUCCUAGACGCUUGGAGCUGAUCAACGUGCUCAUGAUUAUGUUAUGGGUUUUCGACGGUAACACGGCAGGAAAAGAGAUGCACCACGCCACCUUGAAUACGGAAUACUGGCUGAAACCGCCGAAAGAGUGCGGAAACCUCGGCGAGUAUCUAGCCUAUCGCCACCGAAACGUUGGUGCAUUGUUUGUCUGGUCAUGUGUAAAGUUCAGUUUGGAUCUCAAAGUGGACAUUUCGGAUCCGCGUAUCGCGGAAUGGCUUGAGUGGGCUAGUAUGCAUCUGGGCAUGACAAACGAUUUGUACUCGUGGGCAAAAGAGGCAAAAGAUCAAAGUGAGGAGCAGGGACCAGCAAACGCAAUUUUUCAUCUCAAACAGCUCUUGUCCCUGGAUGAGCGCCAGGCCGUUGAGAUGUUAUACUGUAUGAUCCUACAGAAGGAAGCAUUGAUGUACGAACAGUUGCUGAGCUGGGAAAACGAGUGCUCAUUUGACGACGACAUGUGUGCGUUCUUAAGGGGAGUAUGGGGUGCGCUUGCAGGACAUGUAUUGUACAGUGCGACGUGUGCUAGAUAUGCUGGAGAGCAAGGCAAAGUCGUACCAGAAUGA